AAAAACUGGCGCAUGAUACUCAACAUGCAUUGACGUCCCCGCCGCGCCAUCUUCAGAAAACAGCGAGCAGCCGGACACUGAAUGAAACUUCACGUACAUGUCGCUUGAGAGAGCCAGCUGCUGUAUGGAGUGAUAUUCUCGGUUUUUCAGGUAUUUAUUCAGUACAGGAGAUCAUGGGGAUCAAGGUUCAACGUUCUCGGUGUUUCCUUGACAUUGGAAUCGGCAAUGUGCUAGUCGGCCGAGUUGUGGUCGAAUUGUUUUCAGACAUCUGUCCCAAAACAUGUGAAAACUUCAGAUGCCUUUGCACAGGUGAGAAAGGUAUCGGCAAAGGAACUCAGAAACCUCUCCAUUACAAAGGAUGUCUGUUCCAUCGGAUCGUGAAAGACUUCAUGAUUCAAGGAGGAGACUUCAGUGAAGGCAAUGGAAGAGGAGGCGAAUCCAUCUAUGGAGGCUUUUUUGAAGAUGAAAGCUUUGCUGUUAAACACAACAAGGAGUACCUGCUGUCUAUGGCCAAUAGGGGCAAAGAUACAAAUGGAUCACAGUUUUUCAUAACAACAAAACCCUCACCACAUCUGGAUGGUGUCCAUGUGGUUUUUGGCCAUGUGAUUUCUGGGCAAGAGGUUGUCCAAACUAUGGAGAACCAGAAAACGGAUCAUAAUAGCAGGCCAUAUGCUGAGGUGAAAGUUAUGAACUGUGGAGAGCUCAUCCCUAAAUCUAAAGCAAAGAAAAAUGAAAAAAAGAAAGAGAAAGCCUCCUCAAGCUCCAGCAGUAGUUCCAGUGACUCUGAGAGCUCCUCCGAAUCCUCCUCUGAAUCUGAAGAAUCCGAUAAGGAAUCUAAGAAGCGGAAAAAGAGGGCGAAAAAACAAAAAAAGAAACAGAAGAAGAAGAAGGACACCAAAAGGUCAGAGCCUGAAAGUGCUGAAGAGAAAGAACAAGAAGAGUUGGUUACAUCUACUGUACGUCCUGAAGAAAUACCACCGAUCCCUGAGAAUCGAUUCCUCAUGAGGAGAAGCCCGCAGGCAGUCCAGAAGCCAAAAGAAGAGGAGGCUGAGAAGGAACAACGACAUAAAGAGGAAAGGCCAAGAGAGAGUUCUGGCAUAACAUAUAAUUCUCAGUCAGCAUAUCACAGAAGACUAGUGAUGACACGAUCCGGCAGGAAGAUAAAAGGCAGGGGUCCGAGGAGGUAUCGUACUCCGUCUCGUUCAAGGUCCAGGGAUCGUUUUCGGCGUAGUGAAACUCCUCCACACUGGCGUCAGGAGAUGCAGCGUCAGAGGAUGAGGGCAGUCACUGGAGAGCGCUGGAUUAAGGGUGACAGAGGUGACAUGAAUGAUGCCAAGGAUGAGGCUGCUAAAGCUCCAAGAAGAGAGCGACGGACCUCCAGCACGAAGCAUGAACACUCAGCUGAGGGUAAAAAAGACAAGAAAACUCGAUCUCAUAGAUCCAAAAGCAAAGAAGAGGACACUGAAGAGAAGGAUGAGAAACACAGCAAACAGAAGGCAAAGAAAAGCCGCAAAUCUCAAAGCCGCAGUAAAAGCCGAGAAAAGAGUAGAAGGUCAAAAAGCAGAGAGAAGAGUCACAAGCAUAAAAGUGAUAACAAGAGAGACCGCUCAAGGAGCAAAGACCGAAGUGUCAAUAAGAAAGAAAAGGAGUCCGAAUCUGAUCAUAAUAAAGAUAGAAAUAAGGGUCACGAGUCUGAUAAAAAGCAUAAAGAGGAUACAAAAGGAAGAAACGGUGAGAGGACUAGGACAAAGUCACAAAGCAAGGAAAGAACUUCAAAAGACGGGCACAGAUCUAGUAGCAGAAACAGGGACAGGAGCGGACCUGCGGUAUCAAAAGACAAGGAGGAAAAACGAGAAAAAGACAGAGACAGGGGCAGGGAACGCAGCAGGAGUCAGCAAAGGCGACACAACAGUGAAAAGGAGGAUAAGAGGCGAGGAACGUCCAGGAGCAGGGAGCCUCGACCAAGAAGUCCAGACAGAAGUAAGACUAGAGACUCGCACAGGAGCAGGCGCUCCAGAAGUAAGAGCAAUAAGAGAGACCACAGCAAAGAACGGUCAUCUCAUAGAAAAGACAGAGAACCUGCCAACCAAAGGAGAAGGCGUAGCAGCAGUUCUGAGAGUGAUAGAGAUAAAAGGAAGAGUCACAAAAGCCCAGAUACCAAGCGAAGAGGAGCAAAUAGUACCUCCAGAGACAGAAGAAGCCCAGCCAGACCAAGACCAGAUAGUACAAAAGGCAAAGACAGAAACAACAGCAAGAGGAAUAAAUCGAGCUCUAGCUCAAGCUCUGACAGCGACUGAGCCUGUGAAGAUAUCCCUAAAGAAAUAGUUUUUGUUCCUGUUUUUUAUCCACUACGCAUUCAAACUUACCAUCCAGAGUGGGGCACAUUCCUCAUUCAGUGCAAAAAAAAAAAAGGAAAUCCACAGUCCAGCCCAAGCUUAAAUGAUUCUACAAUACAGCCUGUCCGACCUAGAUUCCAAAACUGUAAUAAACGGAGAGGCAGGGUCAGACUGGGACAACAAAACACUGCUGGUUGGCCGCCGACGCAUCUGUCUCGCUCAUGUUUUUGUAUAAUGGGUUGCUUAAGCAGCCCACAUACCGACCGGCCCAUCGGGAUUUCUCCCGGUGCUCCUGAUGGUCAGUCCGACUCUGCAGAGAAGAGAGCGCAACAGAUGGAAGCUGUGCAGGAAAACAGAAAAAGAUCAAGCAGUAAAAACAACUGUUGACAUUUAAUACAACCGUCGAAAGCUGUAAUGACAGACUGUAGCAUCAUGUGAGAUUUGGCUGGAUGGAUUGUGAACUGAAUUUUGUGUGGAUUAAGUGCUCUACACUACUGAUGGGUAGCUGGAGCUGCAUGGCCAGUGAUGAGGAAAUGAUUUGUGACUGAACAGGAAUUCACCCACAGUGCGGACUUCAGAGUGUAAAAGUACCCGGUGUUCUUUUAAUUGUACAUGACCAGAAGAAGUCUGUUUGAAGGCUGUGUUUUUUUAAUUUUGGAUUAUUUGGUAAAUUUAUAUUUUGGCUUUACAAUAGUUCCAGUUUCAGACAGUUUGUAAAAAAUAAAAUUAAAAAAAAAAAAUCUUAAGAUUUUACUGCAACAGAGAUCUUUUUCCCCCAGUACUUUUUCUACUGAAGUUUGUUUUAAUGUUAUUUAAUGAAGUUGGUUUCGGGGAUAAGGACCGCAAAAUGUCUGUUUACUUGUCACGUUAUUUUCACUAUAGCGGUCAGUCUGAAAGAGAAACACACUCAUAAUUUCUUGCAUGUUUACCCCUGUUAAUGAUGUAUUAUGUACAUCCAUGACUCUUUUUUUUUUUUUUUUUUUUACAUCCAUGACCUAUUACUGUAAUCCUCAUGCUGUAAGUACAACAUAAAAUCAGUUUGUAUGAAUUGUUUUGUGCACGCUGGUUUUAAGGACGACUGCAGUGUAGAAUGAAUUAAAAAUUUCCAUUUUGAUUUUA